AUGGAGAAUAUGAAGAAGAGCUUCUUCCUCCACUUCUUCUGUGGGCCAUGGUUCAUGGUGAUCGCUUCUUUUAUAAUCAUGUCCACCGCCGGCACACCAUAUGCCUUCGGACUAUACUCCAAUGUCCUCAAGCGGGUGCUUGGCUAUGACCAAUCAACGCUCAAUUUGGUCAGCUUCUUCAAGGACGUUGGAACCAACGUCGGCGUCCUCUCUGGCCUCCUCGCAGAAGUCACGCCGCCGUGGUUCGUUUUAUCAACGGGAGCAGUCAUGAACAUGUUUGGGUACUUGAUGAUAUGGCUGGCGGUGACGGAAAAAAUGGCAAAGCCAAAAGUGUGGAUGAUGUGCUUGUACAUCUGCCUCGGCGCCAAUUCAACGGCUUUCGCCAACACGGGAGCGAUGGUCACCUGCAUCAAAAACUUCCCUGCAAGCCGUGGGCUCGUGCUCGGGCUUCUCAAGGGAUACGUCGGCCUCAGCGGCGCUAUACUCACGCAACUAUACCAUGCUUUCUAUUAUAACGACUCCAAAUCUUUGAUUUUGCUGGUGGGGUGGCUUCCCGCCGCUAUAUGCUUGGCUUUUGCACGUACUAUUCGGAUAAUGAAGGUGGAUCGGCAGCCGAAUGAGCUCCAAGUGUUCUAUAAUUUCUUUUAUCUUACACUCGGCCUCGCGGGGUUCAUGAUGGUUAUGAUAAUUGUGGAUCAAAAAGUUGCCUUCACGCAAAGUGAGUAUGGCGGAAGCGCAGCCGUGGUGAUUUUUUUGCUCUUUCUCCCUCUUGGUGUGGCUAUUUUGGAAGAGCAUAAGAUUUGGAAGAGCAAGAAAUCAGCACAAAACGACGGUUUCCAAAUGAAAGCAAUCACCGAGAAGCCCGCCAACAACAUUGAAACUACUUCAUCUUCUGCAGCGACAAAUUCUCUUCUUGUCUCUGCAAGCACAAACAAGGCGCCGGUGCCACAAGUUUCCUGUUGGGCAAACAUAUUCAAGCCCCCGGCGAGAGGAGAGGACUAUACUAUCCUCCAAGCUCUUUUUAGCGUUGACCUUUUGAUUCUCUUCUUCACCGUGAUUUCUGGCGUCGGCGGCACAUUAACGGCGAUAGACAAUUUGGCGCAGAUGGGAGCCUCUCUUGGGUACACGCCACGUAGCGUAAGCACAUUCGUGUCACUCGUAAGCAUAUGGAAUUACCUUGGACGGGUGAUGGGUGGCUUGGUCUCUGAAAUCCUAUUAAAGAAAUACAAGUUCCCUCGCCCUCUCAUGCUCACUCUAAUCCUCUUGGUUGCCUGCGUCGGCCACCUCCUCGUCGCAUUUCACCGCCCCGGCGGUCUCUACAUGGCAUCGGUGAUCAUCGGCUUAUGCUUCGGUGCACAAUGGUCAAUAGUUUUCACAACAAUUUCGGAGAUUUUCGGCCUAAAAUAUUACUCUACUUUGUACAAUUUCGGGUCCAUGGCUAGCCCGAUUGGGCUAUACGUGCUCAACGUGAGUGUCACCGGACAUAUAUAUGACAAGGAGGCUAGAAAGCAACUGGCUGCUUUAGGCCUUACGAGGAAAGAUGGGCAGGCUUUGAAUUGUGUUGGUGUUGAGUGCUUCAAAUUGUCUUUCAUUAUAAUCGCGGCCGUGACGUUCAUGGGCGCCCUUGUUUCCAUAAUUCUGGUGAUCCGGACGAGGAAAUAUUACCGGAGCGACAUAUACAAGAAGUUCCGGGAGGAGGCAAUGGUGGCCGAGAAGGAGAUGGCGUUUGCAGGACAUUAAAUGUAUCAUUGACUCUCGCAGUAUACGGCCAAAGAUGAAAUUUGGAAGAACGGGCAUGAAAAAGAAAGGGGAAUGAUCAAAUUUGCCUAAAGAUCAGUUGGACCUUUCAUUGCUUCUCUUGUUGACCCGGCCACGAUACCUUUGAUUUUUCCCUUGCAUGGAAAAUUGAUCGUUACUUGAAUCUUAACGUGAUUUACAGGGUGGUUACAGGUCUUUGUUUUUUUUUUA